AUGGCCUCGCGGGCUCGGGCAUCCGGCAGCCGCCCUCCCCAAUCCUCUCCUUCGACGCGCCCCGACCUCCCUCCCUUCGUCGCGCCCGACCUCCCUCCCUCUGGCACGAGCAACUGGCACCCCGACCUCCCUCCCCUCCCCUGCGCGGCCGCCAGGCGGCCAGGCCAGCGGAGAAGAGCUCAGGAUGCUAGAUCUGUAACGUAUGGUCCCAUGGCAGACAGGGACCAACAAAGGAUGAAUAACCUAAACUACAUUUACAACUCAGAUGAUGUGCACUGUGUGAACCUCCUUAGGAUGAGAAAGGCACCCUUCUUCCAUCUUUGUGACCUUUUUCGCAGUAGAGACCUCUUGUCUGAUAGCAUCCAUGCUAGUGUGGAAGAGCAGAUAGCUAUGUUCUUGCAUGUUGUGGGUCACAACCAGAGAUUUAGGGUGGUAGACCUUACAUUCAGGAGGUCAGGUGAAACUAUCAGUAGGUACUUUCAGAGAGUGCUUUAUGCAGUAGGGGAGUUGAGGAGUGAAAUGAUUGUCCCUGCUUCCAACAAUGUCCAUUCAAAGAUCCUUGGUAGCAGAAGGUGGUACCCUUAUUUCAAGGACUGCAUAGGAGCACUUGAUGGAACUCAUGUCUUAGCUAGGGUGCCAAAAAGGAUGCAACCUGCCUUUAGGGGGAGGAAGGGACUUACACAAAAUGUCCUAGCAGCUAUGAGCUUUGAUUUGAGGUUUACAUAUGUCCUAGCUGGGUGGGAAGGCUCUGCACAUGAUGCCCUCAUACUAGCUGAUGCUCUUGUAAGACCAGAUGGUCUUAGGGUGCCUCCAGGGAAAUUCUUGCUUAUGGAUGCUGGUUAUGCAGUAAGACCUGGGUUUUUGCCCCCAUUUCGAGGUACUACGUAUCAUUUGACGGAAUAUGGCAACAAUAGACCCCAGAACCCAAGGGAGCUCUUUAAUCUUAGGCAUUCAUCCCUAAGAGUCACCAUUGAAAGAGCCUUUGCUACUUUGAAGAAUAGAUUCAGAAUCUUGGACAACAAACCUUUUCACACUUACAGAACACAGGUUAAACUUGUUCUGGCAUGUUGUAUCCUUCACAAUUGGAUUCUGGGAUAUGGUGAUGAUGAGCAUGUGCCUGAUGAAGCCACCUAG